AUGCUUUUUUUAAGUAAUAUAUUUUUCCGUUCGAAGAGCAAAAGAGUUCAUGUUAAUUUAGUAUCAUCAUGUGCAAGUAAUUAUAUUUAUUCUACUUAUAUUUCUCCAUCAAAAUCAAAGUUUAGAAUGUCCUUAAGGAAGCAUGACCCGAUUGUAAAUCGACAUGUAAUGUUUUACCAGAAACACAUGAAAUCAAAAUCGAAAAAAAAGCUCACACUUCAUGGAAUUAAUUAUGCCCGUUUUACAGGGAAAAACAAAAACUUAAGACCGCUUUUAAAAAGAGUUGAAAAAUCAUAUCUUUACGGAAAAUUUAACAAAUUAAUAGACAAUACAUACAGGAGCCUCCCAAGAAUGAGUUAA